AUGAGAAAGAAUUUGACAAACCCUAAAAAAACAAAACCCUUCGUACUCUUCUCACUCCUCCCUUCUCACUCUCAACCCCCCACCCCUCCUUCAUGGCGUCGCCGUCUUCGCGCCGGCUCCUGCCGACCCUCCUCCGCUCCGCCGGCCUCCGCCGAUCGCCGUCGCGGCCCACCUCCUCCUCCAACCCCAAAUCCGCCCCCUUCUUCACCCCCUCCUCCGCCCCCCGCCACCACCACUACCACCACCGCCCCUCCCCCCCACGGCUACCUCCUCACCCGCACUGCCCACUACUCCACCUCCGCCGCCGCCGCCGCAUCGCCCCCUCCUCCCCCCGUCGCCGCGGCCAAGGGCGCCGGGAAGGGUAGGAUCACCGAUGAGUUCACCGGCCCCGGCGCGAUCGAGCAGGUGUGCCAGGUGAUCAGCGCCGUGGUCGACGUGCGGUUCGACAAGGGCUUGCCCCCGAUCUUGACGGCCCUGGAGGUGUUCGACAACUCGAUCAGGCUCGUGUUGGAGGUGGCCCAACACCUGGGCGAGAACAUGGUGAGGACCAUCGCCAUGGACGGAACCGAAGGGCUGGUGCGUGGUCAGCGCGUGCUCAGUACUGGCUCCCUGAGUUCCAAAGGAACAAAGUUGAAGGACUUCUUGGCCACAAUGAGGUCUUCCCCUCACUUUCAAUCAAAGAUUGCUACAACUGGGUCCUAAACUUCGCCACGAUGUUGAGUAGUAUGCAAAGCAAUUUCCUACAAUCGAGUUCGAGAAAAUGGCAAUGAAGUACAAGAAUAGAGGGACAAAUCAUGGAUUAGUGUGGUACAAAAUCAAUUAUGAUGUAGAAGUGCUGCUGCAGAUACAAAUUUCGAUGUCAAGAAAGUCUGUAUCGUGAUCUCCCUAUGUGAAACUAAAAAGGAUACUGUAAAGAUGGAAAUUUGUAAUUCUCUCUUUCCUUAUUGCACCAUGAGAACAUGUUAACUGAGAAACUCAAGUUGUACACCUGCAUUUCCUUGGGCUUCAAUGGACAGAGAAGUUUAUUUCUGCUA